UCGGUGCGCUGGCGGGCGGAGGUGUCGGAUGGGUUGUGGUGUGCUUUGGAAAGGAACUUGGGCGCUAGUGGCGCCUGGGCUCCUGGAUUUAGUCCCGGGGCACCAUGGCCAGCGUCCACGAGAGCCUCUACUUCAACCCCAUGAUGACCAAUGGGGUGGUGCACGCCAACGUGUUCGGCAUCAAGGACUGGGUGACGCCUUAUAAGAUCGCGGUGCUGGUGCUGCUGAACGAGAUGGGUCGUACUGGCGAGGCUGCCGUCAGCCUCAUGGAGCGGCGGAGGCUCAACCAGCUGCUCCUGCCACUCCUGCAGGGUCCAGAUAUUACAUUGUCCAAACUGUACAAGUUAAUUGAAGAAUCUUGUCCUCAGCUGGCAAAUUCAGUGCAGAUCAGGAUCAAACUGAUGGCUGAAGGCGAAUUGAAGGAUAUGGAACAAUUUUUUGAUGACCUUUCGGAUUCUUUUUCUGGAACUGAACCAGAGGUUCACAAAACAAGUGUAGUAGGUUUAUUUCUGCGUCACAUGAUCUUGGCCUACAGUAAGCUUUCUUUCAGUCAAGUGUUUAAACUGUACACUGCCCUUCAACAGUACUUCCAAAAUGGUGAGAAAAAGACAGUGGAGGAUGCUGAUAUGGAACUGACCAGCACAGAAGAGGGCGAAAGAAAAAUGGAAAAAGAAGAACUUGAUGUAUCUAUAAGAGAAGAGGAGGUAUCUUGUAGUGGUCCACUGUCCCAAAAACAAGCAGAAUUUUUUCUUUCUCAACAGGCUUCUUUGUUAAAGAAUGAUGAGACUAAAGCCCUCACUCCAGCUUCUUUGCAGAAAGAACUGAACAACUUGUUGAAAUUUAAUCCUGAUUUUGCUGAAGCGCAUUAUCUCAGCUACUUAAACAACCUCCGGGUCCAAGAUGUUUUCAGUUCAACACACAGCCUCCUGCAUUAUUUUGACCGCCUGAUUCUUACUGGAGCUGAAAGCAAAAGUAACGGGGAAGAGGGCUACGGCCGGAGCUUGAGAUAUGCUGCUCUGAACCUGGCCGCCCUGCACUGCCGCUUCGGACACUAUCAACAGGCAGAGCUCGCCCUGCAGGAGGCGAUUCGGAUUGCCCAGGAGGCCAACGAUCACGUGUGUCUCCAGCAUUGCUUGAGCUGGCUUUAUGUGCUGGGGCAGAAGAGAUCCGAUAGCUAUGUUCUGUUAGAGCAUUCCGUGAAGAAAGCAGUACAUUUUGGGUUACCGUACCUCGCCUCCCUGGGAAUACAGUCCCUAGUUCAGCAGAGGGCUUUUGCUGGGAAGACAGCAAACAAACUGAUGGAUGCCCUAAAGGACUCUGACCUCCUGCACUGGAAACACAGCCUGUCAGAGCUCAUUGACAUCAGCAUCGCACAGAAAACUGCCAUCUGGAGGCUGUACGGCCGCAGCACCAUGGCGCUGCAGCAGGCCCAGAUGUUGUUGAGCAUGAACAGCCUGGAGUCGGUGAAUGCGGGCGUGCAGCAGAACAACACGGAGUCGUUCGCUGUCGCACUCUGCCACCUUGCGGAGCUGCACGCGGAGCAGGGCUGUUUCGCUGCAGCUUCAGAAGUGCUGAAGCACCUGAGGGAGCGAUUCCCACCCAAUAGUCAGCAUGCCCAGUUAUGGAUGCUAUGUGAUCAAAAAAUACAGUUUGACAGAGCAAUGAAUGAUGGCAAAUAUCAUUUGGCUGAUUCACUCGUUACAGGAAUCACAGCUCUCAACAGCGUAGAGGGUGUAUAUAGAAAAGCAAUUGUACUACAAGCUCAGAACCAAAUGUCAGAGGCACACAAGCUUUUACAAAAAUUGUUGAUUCAUUGUCAGAAAAUCAGGAACACAGAAAUGGUGAUCAGUGUCCUGCUGUCCGUGGCAGAGCUGUACCGGCGGUCUUCCUCCCCCACCAUCGCGCUGCCCGUUCUCCUGCAGGCUCUGGCCCUCUCCAAGGAGUACCGGCUGCAGUACUUGGCCUCUGAAACAGUGCUGAACUUGGCUUUUGCCCAGCUCAUCCUUGGAAUCCCAGAACAGGCCUUAAGUCUUCUCCACAUGGCCAUUGAGCCCAUCUUGGCUGAUGGAGCUGUCCUGGACAAGGGCCGUGCCAUGUUCUUGGUGGCCAAGUGCCAGGUGGCUUCAGCUGCUUCCUAUGAUCCACCGAAGAAAGCGGAAGCUCUGGAGGCUGCCAUUGAGAACCUCAACGAAGCCAAGAACUAUUUUGCAAAGGUCGACUGCAAAGAGCAAAUCAGAGACGUCGUUUACUUCCAGGCCAGACUCUACCACACCCUGGGGAAGACGCAGGAGAGGAACCGAUGUGCAAUGCUCUUCCGGCAGCUGCAUCAGGAACUGCCCUCUCACGGGGUGCCCUUGAUAAAUCAUCUCUAGAGAGAACGCGACGCUGGACCACUGUGCAGAGUAUAAGAUUUUGGACUGUUUACACUCCGUCCUUCCACAUAAAUGAUGUAUUUGAGGUCUGUCUUGUCAAUAAACUGCAUUCUGAUUCGUUUGUCUUA